CCUUCUCCAGCCUCCAGUCGGCCAGUCCUCCUCGGCUCCUCCUCUAAACUCUAGCAGAGCUCGGCUAGUCGGCUUCUCCACUUCAAGUCUCAGAGAUCAAGAGUUCAAGACAUCAAUAGUUCAGUCUUCCUCCCCAAAGUGCUUCGAUUCCUUCUCCAGUUCGUCGCCUCCAGUCCUCCUCCUCUAAACUCUAGCAGAGCUCGGCUUCUCCACUUCAAGUCUCAGAGAUCAAGAGUUCAAGACAUCAAUUUCGUUUAAUUGAAUGUUGUAUUGGAUUGAUGAUUUCAUGGAUUGAAGAAUGAAGGUUGUCUCUUGGUCUGGAAAUCUGGUCAGUGCCUCAGUGGGUUUACUUAAAAUUGUGCAAUUGAGUUUCUGCAGCAAAUAUGGCAUUCUGCUGUGCAAAUGUGCAAUUGAGUGAUUUGAGUCUACUGCUUUCUGAGGUGUUAGAGUAAAAUGUCAAAUCAUGAGCCAAAAGCGAAGCGAUCAAAAUUCAUUGACUCAUGGUUUAAAAGAACAAAUGUUGAGUCUUCAAGUUCAUAUGUGGUUUCUGAACCUUCCAUAUCCUCUCCAAAUAUUGAUGUUGAACCCCAACCUUCCAUUCCUGAACCACAAAAUAAUAUCAACGCUCUUGAACGUGAUCCUGGAUUACGUUGUGCCAUAUGGAAAUAUCCAGUCAAUGAGCGUGAUAGUAUUCGAAAAACCUAUGUUUUGUUGGGUCCAUUUCAACCUGAGUUAGAAUUUCCAUUCACUGAACAAGGGAGUCAACAACGUAGAUUUCAGUUUUCUUGGUUCAAGGACAAUCCAUGGCUUGAAUAUUCAAUUGCUCUUGAUAGGGUGUAUUGCUUCCCUUGUUUUCUAUUUGACACUGAAGAUUCUCAGCAUACAGCAUUCACCGUUGAUGGGUUUAAGGCUUGGAAGAGGGUUUGUGGUAGUGAUAAUGUGUUGAUGAAGCAUGUAGGAGGCCUUAAUUCUCCCCAUCAUGCUGCAAUGCAAAAAUGGGAUUUAUUAAGAAAUCCUACCAAACAAAUUGAAACAAUUUUUCAGUCAAAAUCUAGUAAGGAUAUAGAGGACAAUCGAUUGAGGCUUAAGGCUUCAAUAGAAAGUGUAAGAUUGCUAGCUAAUCAAGGAGCUGCUUUUAGAGGCCAUGAUGAAACUGAAAACUCAUUGAAUGCGGGAUAUUUUAGAGAAGUCAUAAAAUCUUUUUCAAGAAUGAGUAUUGAGGUUGAGAGAGUUGUUUUGGGAAAUGCUCCCGGAAAUGCCAAGUACAUUAGUCCAUCAAUUCAAAAGCAACUUCUAAAUAUUCUUGGUAAUAAAGUGAGGAACAAGAUACGUGAAGAAGUUGGAGAUUCCAAAUAUUGUAUUCUUGUUGAUGAAGCAGUAGAUAUAUCUAGUAAGGAACAAAUGGCCAUUAUUUUGAGGUUUGUUGAUUGUCAAGGUAUUAUUCGAGAACGAUUUUUUAAGAUUGUGAGUGUUCCUAACACUACCUCACAAACUCUUAAAGAUGAGAUUUCUAAAGUACUUACUAUGUACAAUCUUCAAGUGAGAAAUAUGCGUGGUCAAGGAUAUGAUGGUGCUAGCAAUAUGAGAGGUAUUUAUAAUGGGUUACAAGCAUUGUUUCUUGAAGAGUGUCCUUAUGCUUAUUAUGUGCAUUGUUUUGCUCACCGCUUGCAAUUGUCAUUGAAUGCUACAGCUAAAGGGGUGCCGGAGAUUUGGCAAUUAUUUUCAAGUUUAAGUUUAAUUGUGAAUUUUGUUGAUUCUUCUGCUAAGCGUCAUUCUGCAUUAAAAGUUGUGAGAAAGGAAGAAAUUGCAGAUUUGGUAGCGUGUGGCCAACUUCAAACAGGUACUGGUGCUAAUCAAGUUUGUACUUUGCAACGAGCUGCUGCUACACGUUGGAGCUCACAUUUUCGUUCAAUUAAGAGUUUGAUUGAAUUGUUUAGUUCAACCAAAAAAACUCUUAAUUAUAUGAUUGAGCAAGGACCCAAGGAAUUGCAAGGAGAAGCUGUGGCUGUUCUUAAAGCUAUGAUGUCUUUUGAUUUUGUGUUCUGCUUGCUUCUAAUGCACAAAUUGAUGAAAAUUACUGAAGUUCUUUGUCAGACAUUGCAGCGAAAAUCUCUUGACUUCGUACAUGCUAUGAAGUUUGUUGGACAUACAAAAUCAUUUCUUCAAGAGAUGAGAGAAGAAGGCUGGGAUGACUUGGUAAGAAAUGUUGAAACUUUUUGUGAGAAACAUGAUAUUGAUAUGCCUGAUAUGAAUGCUCGUUAUAAGGAUGGUACAGGUCGUCGUUGCCAACAAAGAGAUUUCAUUACAGUUGAGCAUCAUUACCAUAUAGAUGUCUUCAAUGCUUUAGUUGAUUUUCAGUUGAGCGAGUUGAAUAGAAGAUUCUCAGACCAAACAUCUGAACUUCUUAUACUUAGUUCAACCUUGGAUCCUCGUGAUAACUUCAGUAAUUUUAAAACUGAAGGUGCAUGCAAUCUUGCAAAGAAGUAUUAUCCUGAAGAUUUUGUUGAUAGUGAAAUGUUUGCUCUAGAAUUAGAGUGUGCAUAUUAUGAGAAGGAUAUGCGUAGUGAUCCAAAGUUCCAGAAUUUGGAAUCCAUUUCUGAUUUGUGCAGAAUGUUGGUUCAAUCAAGGAAGUCAGAAUUUUUCCCUAUGCUUUAUAGAUUGAUUUGUCUAGUUUUGACUAUUCCUGUUUCUACGGCGACCACUGAAAGGGCAUUUUCAGCUAUGAACAUCAUUAAGAAUAAACUUAGAAACAAGAUGGAGGAUGAGUUUCUUGGUGAUUGUAUGGUCCUUCACAUUGAGAAAGAAUAUGCUGAAUCUAUUGACAAUGAAUCGGUGAUCAAAGAGUUUGAAGCUUGUGGAACUCGUAGAGUUAGAUUUAGUUAGUUUAGGUUCUUGUAUUGCAUUGCACGUUUAUUUUGUUGUUGAUUUUGUUUUUUAUUUUUGUAUAGAUAUGCAUUUGAGGGGUAAGGCUCACUACGUCCCCCCCUGACUAGAUGUACAUUUUUUUUUUAAUUUAUAAAAUUCUCUCGCACCGUCGAGA